CAUGAAAAAUUAAAUUACAGAAAAAGAAACAGCAUAAGAACUUCCAUAGCAAAUGUAGGACCAGAAGUUUAGAGAGAGGAAAAGAGCUGUGUGCUCACUUUGUCUGGGAAACCUAAACCCAAACCCAGCCCUUCCACUGCUUUUGUGACUUUUCUCUUGUCCAGAGUAGAAGCAGAGAAAUAUUGGGGGAUAGGGGAGAGGACCUGUUGAAAUUGUGGGAUGAGGGAAUGUGCCCAAUGCCCUCAUCUCUGUCCCUUGAUGUCUCACUUCUUCCUCAGUAUCUCUUAUUAAGUCCCACUGACUCAAGGAGUAUCCUACUCUUUAAAACUCUGGCCUCAGUGUGAGUACAAAUCAAGAUUCCUUUCUUUUAUUCUUAAUACAGCUGAGACAUGAUAGAAUUUUCAUAAAAAUAGGGACUUCUGAUGCUAGGCUAAUUACUAGUUCUGCUCCAUUAUCCUCUUUGAAGGUCCCACCUGAUUGAUUUUAGAUACUUCCACUUGCAUCUCUGGAAAAGAUGCAUCUCCUGCUGUGUCUCCUUAGUCACACAGCUUUGUAGUAAAAACUGGAUGACAGAUAUGGCCUAUUCCUCAUUGGUCAUCCUUCAUAGGCACCGUCACAGGCCUUGCUCUUAAAAAGAAUUUAUGUGCACAGAAGCCCUUCCUUACCCCACAUGUUGGGACAGAGUGAGUUUGAUAUGAUGGUUAGAGCUUGAACUGAGGAGCCCUGCAGACCUAAUUUCAAAUCCUGGCUCUACCAUUUAAUUGCUGUGUGAACUUGGGUAUGUUAUUUAACAUCAGUAAACCUUAGUUUUAUCAUUAUAAAGUGUGAUGAUAAUCGUACCUACCUCCUAAAGUUUUUGUUUGAAUGUUAAUACCUGGUACGUAGAAGGCACUCAGUAAAUAUUGGCUCUUACUAUUAGGCCUACUAGAGGCUUUCUAAACAGCAGUGAAGAGCAAGUAGCAUUUUAGCUUAGCUCUGAAAGAUAAGUAGGCAUUGAGUAGGAUGUGAGGAAAGGAUGGCAGUCAAAAUACAAGGCAUAUACUGAGUAGACUCAUUUUGCUGGAUGAAAAGAUUAAUGCAGGAGAGGGGGAGAAAUUGAUGGGCAAUGAAGCUUGAGGGGAAGCUGGGACCACCAGAUACAGGAUGGUGUUGACUGCAAGGCUAUAGAGUUUUAGGAAGAAUAAUCUGAGAGUAAGAUGGGAGAUUAAGGGGACGGGGGGUAGGGAGAAAAGGAAGGCAGGGACCAAAGAGAGGAAGCUGGACUUCACAGAACUAGAUAGAAAAAUAAGUAUGAACAAAGAAUUACUUCUCCCUGGUGCUUGGAGACAGAGUGCACGUGAGAAGACAGGAAUCAAAGAAGGAAUAGUACAGAAACAGAUAUCAAAAAACAUCUCCUAGGUCAGAAAGGCGAACACAGACCCUAUUUGGAUCAAGUCAGUUUCCUGAGCCUGAAUGAUGACUGCUGAAUCAAGGGAAGCCACAGGCCUGUCCCCACAGGCUGCCCAAGAGAAGGAUGGUAUUGUAAUAGUGAAGGUAGAAGAGGAAGAUGAGGAAGACCACAUGUGGGGGCAGGAUUCCAGCCUGCAGGACACUCCUCCUCCUGACCCAGAGAUCUUCCGCCAACGUUUCAGGCACUUCUGUUAUCAAAACACUUUUGGGCCUCGAGAGGCUCUGAGUCGACUGAAGGAACUUUGUCACCAGUGGCUACGACCAGAGGUAAACACCAAGGAGCAGAUCCUGGAGCUGCUGGUGCUGGAGCAGUUCCUUUCCAUCCUGCCCAAGGAGCUCCAAGUCUGGCUGCAGGAGUACCGGCCUGAUAGUGGGGAGGAGGCCGUGACCCUUCUGGAAGACUUGGAGCUUGAUUUAUCUGGACAGCAGGUCCCAGGUCAAGUUCAUGGACCUGAGAUGCUCGCAAGGGGGAUGGUGCCUCUGGAUCCAAUACAGGAGUCCUCGAGCUUUGACCUGCAUCAUGAGGCCACCCAGUCCCAUUUCAAGCAUUCAUCUCGGAAACCCCGCCUCUUACAAUCACGGGCUCUGCCCGCCACCCACGUUCCUGCCCCUCAUCACCAGGGUCCCAGAGACCAGGCAAUGGCAUCUUCACUACUCACAGCAGAUUCCCAGGCAAUGGUGAAGAUUGAGGACAUGGCUGUGUCCCUCAUCCUGGAGGAAUGGGGAUGUCAGAACCUGGCUCGGAGGAAUCUCAGUAGGGACAACAGGCAGGAGAAUUAUGGGAACGUGUUUUCCCAGGGUUGUGAAAACAGGAAUGAGAAUGAGGAGUCAAUCUCUAAAGCAGAAAUCGCAGAAGACACAGCAUCACAUGGGGAGACAAGAGGAAGAAUCCAGAAAGAUUUUGGAGAAAAGCGUGAACAGCAGGGCAGAACAGAAAGGCAGCAGAGGAACCCUGAGGAGAAAACUGCAAGAGAAAAGAGAGAUUCAGGGCCAGCUACAGUCAAGGAAAAAAAACUCACCACAGGAGAGAGAGGUCCCAGGGAGAAGGGUAAGGGAUUGGGAAGAAGCUUCAGUCUGAGUUCAAACUUUAACACCCCUGAAGACGUUCCAACAGGAACGAAGUCUCAUAGAUGUGAUGAAUGUGGUAAGUGCUUCACAAGGAGUUCAAGCCUUAUUCGCCAUAAAAUCAUCCACACUGGAGAAAAGCCCUAUGAAUGUAGUGAGUGUGGGAAGGCCUUCAGUCUGAACUCAAACCUUGUCCUGCAUCAGAGAAUCCACACAGGAGAAAAACCUCACGAAUGUAAUGAGUGUGGCAAAGCCUUCAGCCACAGUUCAAAUCUCAUUCUGCAUCAGCGAAUCCACUCUGGAGAGAAACCUUACGAAUGUAAUGAGUGUGGGAAGGCCUUCAGCCAGAGCUCAGACCUUACAAAACAUCAGAGAAUCCACACGGGGGAGAAACCCUAUGAAUGUAGUGAAUGUGGAAAAGCUUUCAACCGAAACUCAUACCUUAUUUUGCAUCGGCGAAUUCAUACCCGAGAAAAGCCCUAUAAGUGCACUAAGUGCGGCAAGGCCUUCACCCGGAGCUCGACCCUCACUCUGCAUCACAGAAUCCAUACCAGAGAGCGAGCCUCCGAGUACAGUCCAGCCUCCCUUGAUGCGUUUGGAGCAUUCCUGAAAAGCUGUGUGUAAAGCGAGAAUUUGUUGAAAAGCCAUUUCCCCCUUUUGUUUCUAAAAUUAUUUCAGAGGUGUGUGCCCAUGGAGGGGAAGAAAACAUCCUCAACAGAUUUUUUUAAAUCACACUUAAGGAUCCUUAUAGUUAGAUCAGCAGUGUUCUGCCUUUGCGUAGUCUGUGGGCAUGUAAUUCUUCCACACAGCCCCUGCAGGAAAAAGUUAGUCAUAUGGAUAAGCCACAUGCUAUUUCCACACAAGAUAAAAGCACAUACACAGUAAAUGUCAAGCUUUUCAGUAAUGAGGAUACCUUUAAAGGCGCUGCUAGACUCUCAGCAACCGCAACAUAGAAUUGAAAGAUUAAGAUUGGCUCUGUGAAAAUGGUACUGAGGUUAAAGCUGCUUGCUGCAAACAAGUCCUGCUUGGCCAACAUCCUGCUGUACCUUGUUUCUCAAAAAAGAGGGACAAUUAAAACAAAAACUACAUUGGGACUUGCUGCUCAAACUAGUUAUAUAUACGAUAAGUUAUAUAUCUGAUCACUGGUAGCCUACCAAAGCUAUAGAAAUCUAGGACUGUGCUGAUCAGUAUCAAACCAAAGAUUUCUAUCUCUUCCUGAAAGAGAGGGUAUGUGCACCAGUCUACAGUUCCAAAGGACUGCCACAGACGUAGAUGGUUUUAUCCUCAUCAUUGAGAGAAAUUCUACUGAAAUGGCAACAGUGAUUCAAAAACACUUCUCUCCCUUCUGGAAGAAAUCCCUAAAGCACUAUCGCACUCCUACAUGCAUUUCUCUACAAGUUAGCACUUGAUUAUAUAUAUACUGUCUUUUAGUCCUUCAUUGUUCCAUGUAUGAAAGUUUUCACCACCCCCAAAAGAGAUGCUUUGAUCGUCAAGGGAUAUAUUUAUAUCCCCCACAGCACUAGACACAGUGCUGAACACACAAGAGGCACUUGCUAUGCCUCACUUCUAACAGGACAUGUAUGUUUAUGAUAAAGCCCUGUGAAUCACGAGUACUGAAAUAACGAUAGCCUGGCCCAACUUUUGAAGAGGACCUUCAGAGCCUGAGGCGUGCUAAAGCUAUAGAUUCUGAUGCUAUUUUUCUCCUAAAUAUAAAAGACAGGUGCUAGUUAGCUGCCUGCAUACACAUUCUAAACACAGAUCAGUGAGUAAAUGCCAUGGAAUGUCAAAAAUGACUCCAUUGUCAUCAUCUUAAAAAUACAAAAACUUACUAAGGCCAUUUUUUUGACAUCUUUCUAUGGCAAAGAUCUUAGGCAGAAUUCUCUUAGCUGCUGAACAAUGUGAUGACUUGGGCACUGUUUGAAUCAUUUGUAACUUUAAAUAAUGUAGUUCAGAAGAUGUCAUUUUUGUUGCUUUUCAGAAAAAGGAAAGUUGUAGGGAGCAUUUUUUUCCCCACACUUUCCAGAAACCACAAAAGCAUUUGACAUUAUUAGCUGGUAAUUACUAACUAAAUGUGUUUGUUGCUCGGAAAAGUUCACCAGUGUGCUAAGAUGUGGUUGGUUCUAUCAUAGUCAUAUUGCACGGUGUCUUUUCUCUCAUCACUGAAGACUGAGGUGAGGUUAUGAAACUUUGAUAUUUUCCAUCUUCUGUGCAGGAGGAUACAAUUGGCUGCCUGGAAGCUAAUGACAGAGACUUUUCAGAUACACAUACAGGACACCCAGGUAUUGUGGGCUACACAGGUAGUCAUCAGGGACUUGGCUAUAGGUGACUACGCUCAUGAGAGCAUGCAAAUGAUUGUGGGCAGCCCUGUAGGAACUUAGACACAGAAACUAAGAACACACCUAAAGACUAUCCCCAUAACUGGAGAACUUCGCAUUGAGUUUGCAAUUUUCCAUCAAGAAACAGAACUAAAACUAUCACUCAUCAUUUUGUUCCCUAACCUGCAACUCAGGCUGAUGAGACAGCAUGGCUUUAUGGGGAGCCAAUGACGUGGGGGCAACUAUGGCCUCAACUCCAGACCAAACUAAAAUUCUGCACAGCAGUAAUGCUUUGGCCUCUCUAUAACUUGGAGCAACCACAGCUUCCCUAUAGUCUAGUCUCUAAGCAGUUUCAUCAGUGUUGCUUAGGGAAUUCAAGGAAGUCAGCUGCUGACCAGAAUGUUUCUAUCCAUCCAAUUUAAGAAAAACAGAAGAGGUCCUCCAGAAGAGUAUACCUAAUUAACAUGUUAUAGUAAAGUGAAGGUGGAAGAAAUUCUUUCAGGACUUUCUUUAAAAGAGUGAGCCACAGUGAUGGUUGCACAGAAAACCUGGUGCUUUUGAGCAAAGACUUUUGCUGCUAGGAAGCAGCUGAAAGCAGUGAGGUGCUUAACUCCAGGCACUGAUCAAAGUACUAACUGUUCUUAGGAGGGGAAGAACUUUGGUCAGUUCCACAUUCGCUUUUUUUUGUUUUGUUUUUUAGCCACAACUACGUGCUGAUGUAAUUCAGCCAUCAUUUUUGUUUUUUUAAAAUGAAAGUUAUAACCUGUGCCCCCACAUUUUAUUUCCAUUUUCUGGGACAUCGUACUGACUGUGGGAUAGCCACUGAGAUUGCUUCACAUCUUCAGCAGAUGCACUCCUUGAAGCAGCUACUUGAAGAUAUGUUUUCUGAAGAAAACAGGCUACAGGUGUUGAUUAAACCUAUUUACAUUGCAUUCAUAUGUCAGCUGCUCAAUGCAAAGUGUAAUUAGGUCAUGGUCAAAAAGCUUACAACAUCUAAUUAGUGCUCAGGCUAGUCAUUCAAACGUUGUUGACUGGCUGAAGUCUGUUAACAGUACUCUGUAGUUAAUCAGUAGCAUGCUAGUUGACCUAAUGUAAGUUUUUGAAGGGCUUUUAAAAACAAUACCUUAACCUUGCCAGGAAGAGAAGUAAAAUUCUUCAAGUUGUAGGGUAUUUGUUUCUACUCCAGCCUGGCAGGCAAGGCGAAAGCCUGAGAGUAGAGAUGUAUAAGGCAUCUUGAUAUGUAAGGCACUUAGUAUUUUAUUAAAAGCAUAAAAGUGAAAUUGUGCUAAAUAUGUACAGAGGUCAGUAUGUUUGAUAGGUGAGACAAUUCACAUCUUAUGUACAUCAGAAUUCAUUUCAGGAGGGAACCUCUUGAAUGUGAUAACAUGGCAAAGCCUUUAAUCACAUCUCAGCCCUUAGCAUCAGAAAGCUUAUACUGUAAAUAAACUUUAUUGUUAAUAUUAUAUGUGAGGAAAACGUUCAUGUAUAGCACUCAUUGCUUCGGACAGAAAAUUCCAUCAGUAUGUUCUAGUCAUGCAAUGGAUUUCAGAAACACUGCAGAGGAUGCUCAAUCUUAACUCCAGAGGAUCCACAGAAGAAAAAAAAUGUGGGGAAAUGCUAAAGAAAUAGCAAAAUGUGCAACUUCUUACAAAAUUGUCCAUGUUGGGUACUUCUAUAUAUUUUGUAUGACCAUAGUGUCAGUGUCUGUGUUUUGUACUCUAGCCCCUGUUAUUCUGUAUAUUCCCUAUAAACAGAUAAUGUAUUUUAAUCUAUUUGACAGAACACAUCACUCCAAAAGAGCAAAGUUUUGGGGAUGAGUAGUGAAGCUGAUGUCAUUAUAGACAAAAAAUCAACUCACAGAACUGAGGAGGGGGAAUAUGAAAAAAAACAAAAACUUCUUAGUUUGGUGCUUAUCAGAUGAAGAGAGAUUAGUAGAUUCGUUAGGAGAGAAAGGUUAGUAGGGCACUAAAAUGGAACAAUUCCUAUUAACAUCUGCAGCUUCCUGAGAGCUCUCUUCAAAGCCAGGAAGUUGACCUCUUAGCGACCAGAUCACCAUUUCAAGCAAAGAGCUUGUCAGGGAGUAAGAGGGCCUUCUCCAUGAAUUGAGACUAGGGAGUGUCCUGGAAAGGUCAGUGGGACCACUGAACUUGGCUGGAUUCUGUAAACCAUAGUUCUGCUUCCCCCACUAACUCUUAAGUCUUUAUAAAGCUUCGAAAAUUUGAGAUAGGAAAACCCCAAGACGGGCUCUUUCCUGGAAAAUAGGCACAGGUGCAUCCAAUUCCGGCUUUGCAGGACGUUUUCUGAUAAGCAUUUUGCAGUAUUCCUUUUGGCUGUGCUCCUGUGUACCGUCCCUGCUCCCACUUCCCCUGGUUUAUGAUUGUUAGGAGAGGGCUUGUGAAGAUUCAUAGCUGUUGAAGACUUUUUUUUUCUGAUUUUGGGGGAAAAAAUUAGAGGUGGAGUUCCUCCCCUUUUAUUCCAGAGUUUGGUCAUGCUGAUGUUCUCAUCUGAAGCUGGCUAACCAGGUUCACCCAGGUUAAUCCUCAUGGAAGAGUUAUUGUGUGCACUGGAGUAACAGUAUUAAAAUGUAAUCAGUGACAGCAGUACUUGCCAGAGGAGCCAUAUUUUUGUGCAUCCCACUCGAAGCAACUUCUCAAAAAUUGUUAUGAGGGGGCUGGUGUUCCCCAUCUGGAAAACCAAAUGAAGGUCUGCAGAUUGCAAAGUGAAAUGUAGAAUCAGAGAAAAGGGGAUUAAGUGGCAUAUAAAUAGAUCUUUUUGCAGAAGUUAGAUUUUUAUUUCAACUACUACUGGAGAAUUUAAUAAGCAUUAUUUGAAAAGUUCUCCUAACCAUAGAUUUAGGUUUCAUUUGUAGAAUGGACACUACUGUACAUUUAAAAGCAGUUACUUAUUUUGCUAUUCAAAUUAAUUUUUUAUAUCUAAAAAUGAAAUUAUUUGUUUUACUUUUCAAAGCUUUGUAAAACAAACAAAGUUAUAGGGAGGUAAGCCAUCUCCAAUUCUGCAGGUCAAACAAAAGUUUGGGAAGUGCUUGGACAUCUGAUAAUACAGAAUGUCUUAACAUGAGAACUUAGUUUCAUAUUGUCUGGUUAUAUUUAAUAGUGGAUACCACAAACCUCAUCUUAUCCUAAAACAGUGGAAGGUAACGAGUGGGCAUUAAAUUCUAAACAAUGGUCUGUUGUUAUUUUCACAGAUUUUUUAAAAAUCUUUUGAGAUUCUCACCUCCAUUUACUAAAGAAUCAUGACUCACUUUACACAGUAAUCAGCAAAGUUAACUGGUCUUAAAAUUAUAUUUUCUCCUUUCAAGCAUUCAUUAAGCAGUGAGGCUGAGUGUUUUAAGAUAUAAAGAGAUCUGUGAAUGAUUGAAAAGCGGUGUUAAAAUUUGGAUUUCAUUCCAGUUUCAGAUUUGGGUUUUAAGUUCUUUGGUCCAGUGAAAGGACUAGGCAGCUGCAGUCUCCCCAAAUCACUAUCACUGAGUCUCCGGACAAGGUCAGAUGUGUUAAAGGAGACUGGGGAGAAGGCUUGUAACAGCCCCGAACUCCCAGCUGAGGAAGAGGAAUGAGGCCUGGUGGAGGGAGAGAAGAGGAACGUGGGGGAUGCACUGAGGUCAGUGCUCGCUCGCCUUCCCCUCACCUCAACUACUUAACAGUUUAAGGUUUUGGUCUGUCCUGGCAAGGGCAAAGCAUGUUAGACUUAGAGAUGCUUCUGAGAGUAGCAGGGGUUCUUACAGGAAAACAAAUAUAUGAGGGGGGUGGGGUGGGAGGAAGCAGAUUAUAAGUAUGCAGGAAAAUCUUGUUCUAAAAAUAUGAGUUUAAGGGUAAAGUGGGGGAUAUGCAAGUAAAAUCAAUUAUUUUAAAAUGAACAUGUAUUUUUAUUAACUUUUAGUUAAAUAUAGAUUAUUACAACCAGCUCAACAUGAUAAGCCUAAAUCUAUAGAGCUAACUCAGGCAUUGUCUUGUUUAUCUGUAGACUGGAUAAAACAAACCUUUCCUGUUUUGUCAGUUUCUGGUUUCUUAGUUUAGAAUAAAUUAGACCAAAAGAAGAAACUUACUUGUCUUCUUAUACUUACAGAAUUAAGUUAUUGCUGUUAAAACCUGGCAUUUUCAUUUCACUAGUCUUUGAAGAGUCCAGAUGCUUGGUAGAUGUUCAAUAAAUGAUUUUUAAAUCGAAUUUGUUCAUUUAAAAUCCUCAUUAACAUUUCUGGAAAAGCUUUCUCAGUAAAUAAUGGAAUCUUAGAAGAGAAGUGGUUUUGUUUUUUAAGCUAGGGAACUCCAUUGAAAAAAUUUGAAAACUUGAUUGAAGACUGAAGUUUCAAUCACGAGAAAUGGUAGCAAAAUAAAAUUUAUACACAUUGUAGUCAAUGGUCCAUUUUAGGAGGCCGGUGAUAUCUGACAAAUUAAGAGUAGUGAGGUUGGGGAAGGAAAUUGUGGGGAUUUGUAAUACUCUCUAUGUUGUUUCUCUUCUUGGGUCAUGGUAAAACAAUAAAUUAUCUCUAGAUGACAAUA